AGAGAGAGAGAGAGAGAGAGAGAGAGAGUCCGCAUCUCACACAGGAGCUACGCUCAUCUGGAGGGCUGAAUUUUCCCGGAUAAGAUGGUAAUAACGCAGCGAACAUCGUGACAAGAUCUGAAAAAAGCAAGAGGAUCAUCCACGACAGGAGUACAAAUUAACAAGAAGGGGAACAUUGAACAAUGCGCGAAGCGGCCGCCGUGGAGCCUUAAACCCGAGAAGACUGACUGUCAGAGUCCUCCGCAAAGAAAACAGGCGUCUGCUGGUGAUUUGGAGAAUUAAAAAAAAAAAAAAGGAAUUAAAAGCAGGGAUGACAGUGAAGCUCGACUUUGAGGAGUGUCUGAAAGACUCUCCGCGCUUCAGAGCGGACAUCGAAGUGGUCCAGAACGAUGUGAGCGAGCUGGAGACGCGUCUGGAGAAGCUGGUGAAGCAAUGCCAGGCCAUGCUGGAGGCGGGCCGGGUCUACUGCCAGACCAGCAAGAGCUUCGUCAACGGCCUGCGGGAGCUGGGCCUGCAGUGCUCCGAGGACAAGAUGAUGGCGGACUGUCUGGACACGUUUUCCAAAAAGCUGUCAGCGAUCCUGGAGACUCAGGGGGAGGUGAUCGAGACCACGCAGAAAUCCGUCAAGACCAAGCUGCAGAGCUUCGUGAAGGAAGACGUGCGCCGCUUCAAGGACGUGCGAAAGGAGUUCGAGCGCAGCAGCGAGGCCCUAGAGGGGGCGCUGGCCCGGAACGCCCAGGCCCCCCGGGGCAAGCAGCACGAGGUGGAGGAGGCCAGCGGCGCCCUGCUCAACGCCCGCCGGGCCUUCCGGUCCGAGGCCCUGGACUACGUCCUGGAGAUUAAUGUGAUCGAAGCCAAGAAGAAGACCGACAUCCUGAAUGCGAUGCUGUCGCUGAUGGAGGCUCAGGCCCAGUUCUUCCAGCAGGGCCACCAGUCGCUGUCCCAGCUGGACGACUACCGGCAGAAACUCAACCAAGAGCACACCCAGUUUGUCCUGAACUCGGCCCGGGAGAAGAGAGACAUGGAGCAGCGCCACGCAGCCAUCAAGAAAAAGGACAUCUCCUACGACGACUCCAUCAUGGAUUUCAACACCGACGCCGCCAACGGGAUCGCAAUGGAGGGUUACCUCUACAAGAGAGCCAGCAACGCCUUCAAGACCUGGAGCAGACGCUGGUUUUCAAUACAGAAAAAUCAGCUGGUCUAUCAGAAGAAAUUCAAGGACCAGCCCACCGUGGUGGUGGAGGACCUGCGGCUGUGCACGGUGAAGCCCAGCGCCGAGAACGAGCGGCGCUUCUGCUUCGAGGUGGUCUCCCCGUCCAAGUGCUGUCUGUUGCAGGCAGACUCCGAGAGGCAGCAGCAGGCUUGGAUCAGCGCCGUCCAGAACAGCAUCGCCUCUGCCUUCCAGGAGCGCAGAGAGGACACACACAGCCCGAGGCAGCGCUGCAGCUCCGUGUCCAGCGGGAACCUGCUGGGCGGAGGAGGAGGAGGAGGAGGAGGAGGAGGGUCGGGAGAACGAGGAGGAGGCGGGGAUCAGGAGAACGAGGAGUGCAAGGCACUGGAGGAGGUCCAGGCCAUCCCGGGGAACCGGCAGUGCUGCGACUGCGGGGAGCCCGGUCCGGACUGGGCCUCCAUCAACCUGGGCAUCACGCUCUGCAUCGUCUGCUCGGGAAUACACAGGAGUCUGGGAGUUCAUUUCUCUAAAGUGCGCUCCCUCACUCUGGACUCCUGGGAACCUGAGCUCAUUAAGCUGAUGUGUGAAUUAGGAAACUCGGUGAUCAACAGGAUCUACGAGGCUCGAAUUGAUGAAAUCACCAUCAAGAAGCCCAAUCCGUCCAGUCCCAGAGGAGACAAGGAGUCCUGGAUCCGAUCCAAGUACGUGGAGAAGAAGUUCAUCCACAAGCUGCCGGAGCCGGGCCGGAACCCGCCGCUGCGGCGCUCCAGCGCCCGGCGGAACCGGGCGGGGACGCAGGAGCGCGGCGCGCAGCGGCCGCCGCUCAAACCCAAACCCGGCCGAGCCACGCUGCCCCGGGCCACAGGGCUGAGUCCCAGUGAGCUCAACCAGAAGAACAACACCAGCUCCCACAACGACGUGGAGGAGGAGGAGGAGGACCUGAGCGCCCUCCACCCCGGGGCGCUGCUCUACCGCUCGGCCGCCCUGCAGAACUUCCCCGUCAUGGCCGACGCCUUGGCGCACGGCGCCAACGUCAACUGGGUCAACGCGGCGGAGGAGUCCAGCACGCCGCUGAUCCAGGCCGUGUCGGUGAACGCCCUGGCGGCCUGCGAGUUCCUGCUGCAGAACGGCGCCAACGUCAACCAGGCGGACAGCAACGGGCGGGGCCCGCUGCACCACGCCACCAUCCUGGGCCACACGGGGCUGGUGUGUCUCUUCCUGAAGCGAGGAGCCGACUACAACGCCAGGGACAAGAACAAGAAGGACCCCAUCACCAUCGCCGUGGAGAGCGCCAACGCCGACAUCGUGACUCUGCUGCGGAUCGCCAAGAUGAACAAGGAGAUGCGGGAGAUGGACGGAGCGUUCGGCCAAUCAGGUGACGAAACCUACCAGGACAUUUUCAGAGACUUUUCACACAUGGCCUCGAACAACCCCGAGAAGCUGAAGCGCCGCAGCGCAGACCCCAAAUCUUAACCCCUUCAUCACACACACACACACACACACACGCACACCCACGCUGGCUACCCGCCACAUGUUCAGUCACAGCUCAGCUGGUGUUGACUUCAGAGGGGAGAAACGAGCCAAACAGUGAAUUCUUUGUGCGAACACGUCACGGCAGAACAAUGGCGUCCGGGUGGAAACGCCGGGGCGGCUUUCUGAGAGCAGCGUGAGGCGACUUUCUGCCCAGCAGAGGGGAACGCCGUCGCUCUGCCAACAUCUCCUAAUUAAACCCAUUAAAUCUGCUCCUCGUUUAAUGAAAACGGUUCUUUUUUUUCUCUCUCCUUUCUGCUUCUUCUGUCCACUUCACAAAAUGUGUUUUAAUUGAAUGCCAUCAAACUGUUUUUUUUUUAAGACAUCAGACAAUGUUCAUGUUCAUUUUCUUUAAGUUAUCUGAUUGUUUUUUUGUAUUCAGGUCAAAUAAAUGAGACUGUCAUGCUUA